AUGGGUCCAAAUCAUAUAAUGAUGAAUAUCGAAGGCGCUUCAUUCAUUUAUGCACCACAAAUAGCAACCUGCUCGAUGAAUCGAUCGAAUGAUAAUAAAAUUCUUCAGGUUCAAAUUCCAACUUACGAGAUGAUUCCUCCAUCAUCAACAAUUCCACAAAUAUCAGAAGAACUUAUGUCAUUCGCACUUAACUCGAAUUCAGAUCAAAAAUUACAAUUUCAACAAUGGUUAGAAGCUAAUGGUGUAGUUGGUGGUGAAUCAUCAACUCCAACGAUGGAAGAGCUUCAGACGCCACUCGUUGAGAGUUGGAUGGAUGAAUCACUGUUUACUAGUAACGAUAAUUCGGGCGAUGUAAUGUUACCAAGUCCCACCGAGGCUAAAUGUCUCUCGCCUGGUGGUUUGGAUUCGCCGGUGGACAGCAGUUUCGGCGGUAGCAAUGGCAUGGAUAGUCCUCAAUUAAUGAACAACUCUUCUUUUGAUGACGCCAUCCUCAUGGAUGACUCCCUCUCUUCAUUGGAUUUUCUGAUGGGUUCGGAUGCCGGAUUUGCAACUUUAUCCGAUGGUAAUACACUUGCACUAGUCUCUCCGAGUCAGAUGCAAUGUCAAUCACUUCGUAGAUCUUCUCCAGCAAUCAAACAGGAAGAUUGCAUUGACAUGUAUAUCAAACUUGAACAGGCUGAACAUCACAUAUCACAUCUUUCCGAUAGUAAUGAAGAUACCAAUGAUGAUCGCAAAUCUUCAUCACUUCGUCUGAUAAAAGAAGAAAAAUCCGGUAAUAGUUUCUCUCCAUCAUUGCCAACAAAUGUACUUCAAGUGACAACAACUACAAAUCAACCCGCUAACGUCGAAGUUGCAACACCUCAAAAACAAAGAUCAUCGUCAUCGGGCAAGAAACAUACCAGUAACAAACCACCUCGUCAACUUGAAUGCUAUAAUUGUGGAGUAAAUAAAACACCACUUUGGCGUAGAACUCCCGAUCGCAUGCAUUCUUUAUGCAAUGCUUGUGGGCUUUAUUAUAAACAAUAUAAUACUCACCGUCCAUUGCAUAUUAGAAAUAAACCAAGUGCAACAACUGGUCCGUACAAUUUAUCAACGUCCAGGAAAAAUUCCGCUAAUAAUUUAACUUCUGAAAUGGUUACUGAAGAAUCUCAAUUAUCAGAACUGGCUCAUGAAAAUCAGGAAGAAUCAGCAGACCAACAAUCAGAGUCUUCAUCCAACGAAAAUCCCAUACGCUGCGUAAAUUGUGCUCAAACUCAAACACCAUUAUGGCGUAAGAAUGAAAAAGGCCAACCAAUUUGCAACGCAUGUGGCCUUUACGCUAAGUUGCAUAAUAGAGAUCGGCCAGUCGCUAUGCGCAAAGCAAAGAUUCAACGUCGUCGUCGUGAUUGGGGUGCCAAUAAUGGAAGUAAUCCAAAUGGAAAUGGUGAUUUAUCUGGAUCAGAAGGAUCUUCCGAUUCCGGUUCAAUAAGUCCGACAUCCCCACAACAAAUGCCUCUUUCCAUUCAAACCAUUUUACCUGGUCAACGCCCAAUUAUGCCAUUGAUGGUCAGUCAAACUCAUAUUGCUCCUAAUCAACUCGCAAUUAUUUCCGCUGCUGCUCAUCAAUAUCAACAGCAACACUUUACUUCGCAAUUCGAUUUUGAUGAUUCACGAUUCAAGGAGUUCGUCGGUAAAAUGAAUAGAAAGCAAGUUGAAGGUAUCUUGUCAGUUUUAGAAAGAAGGUGCGACAUUCUGAAACAGGUUCUUGAUGAUCCUGAAGAAUCUUAA